CUGCAUUUGUUUCUCCAUCUUCUCCCACGCACACACGCCGCCGCCGCCGCCACCCGACCCGACCCGACCCUUGGGUGUGUGGGUCGAUCGGAAGAAGAUCCAAGGGGCCGGCCUCCUCCAUGACCCCGGCGGCGACUCCGGAGGUGGUGGAGCCCAGUACUUGUAGCGGGGGAGGGGAGCGCCGCUCGCGCUUCCGCCGGAUCUGCGUCUACUGCGGCUCCGCCAAGGGGAAGAACCCCAGCUACCAGCACGCCGCCCUCGACCUCGCCAACCAGCUCGUGGAGAGGGGCAUAGACCUGGUCUACGGGGGUGGCUCCAUCGGCCUCAUGGGCCUCGUCUCCCAUGCAGUUCAUGCUGGAGGUCGCCAUGUCAUUGGGAUCAUUCCAAAGUCACUGAUGCCCAGAGAGGUAACUGGAGAGCCUGUAGGGGAAGUUAGAGCUGUUUCUGGUAUGCACGAGAGGAAGGCUGAAAUGGCUCGGUUUGCUGAUGCUUUUAUUGCUCUACCGGGUGGCUAUGGAACCUUGGAGGAGUUGCUUGAGGUUAUUACUUGGGCACAACUUGGAAUCCAUAAGAAGCCGGUUGGGCUUUUGAAUGUUGACGGAUUCUACAACCCUCUUCUAUCAUUUAUCGACUUGGCUGUCAACGAAGGCUUUAUCACCGAGGAGGCUAGGCGCAUCGUCAUAUCUGCUCCGGCAGCCAAGGAGCUAGUUAUGAAAUUGGAGGACUACAUCCCCGAAUACAGCAUUGGCUUGGUUUGGGAGGACCAGAACCAGAAGCAAAAUAACUUGGUCCCUGAGCUGGACUCCGGGAUCACAUCAUCCUGAUUGGUCUUCCAGCCUGCAUAUGUUAGGGUCCUAACCAGUCAGGUUGUCGAAGUGGCAAAUAUUUAUUGUACUAACCAAAGGGUAAUGGGGGUGUGUUGAGAUCUCAUGUACUGGUGCUAUUGACGGAUUGCAUUGGACUUUGGUAGCAUAACAUGGUUAGGAAGAAAUGCAUAUAGUAGUACAUAAUUUAUCCAAUCCAAGCUGAGCAUGACCGUGUUGGAUUGCCCUUGUGUUGCGCAUGCGUGAUUCUAGCUCUUAGUACUAGCUGUUACUAUCCUACAUUAUUCUAUUAUCAUCAAAUUGUGUCAUGUGCAAGUGCAACGGUUUGAACGGUCUCAGCUACAAACAUGAUUGAUUUCGCAUGUAGAUGUAGGGGUACAUCAUAAGUUCAUAACAUCAGGAUCAACAUUUGGCUAGCAAGGUUUUUUUUCCA